CCAGCCGCGGGCCCAGAAUAGCAGCGCUGCCCCGCAGAUAGCAUGGAGCAGCUCCGUGGCUCUGCCGCGUCCCAGGUGGCGCUGCUGGAUGCUGUUGUGUGCCCCGAGGAGGAAGGGUUUCCAAAGGCUGUAUGCCCCAGGGAAGAGGAAGAGGAGGAGGAAGAAUACAGAAGACCUGUCACCUUCACACUGGGAAAUGAAAUACUGGGGCUAGGCCCAGAGACCGAGUUUCAGAACCCUGAUGCUGAAGUCUACAUGCACUUCUUGAGGAGCCACUGCUGUUAUGAUGCCAUCCCCACCAGCUGCAAGCUUGUUGUCUUUGACAUCUCCCUGGAGCAGAUCAAGAAAGCCUUUUUGGCACUGGUGGCCAACGGGGUUCGUGCUGCCCCUCUCUGGGACAGCAAGACUCAGAGCUUUGUGGGGAUGCUCACCAUCACCGACUUCAUCAACAUCCUCCACCGCUACUACCGCUCACCUUUGGUUCAGAUCUACGAGGUGGAGGAGCACAAGAUUGAGACCUGGAGAGAGGUGUACCUGCAGGGCUCCCUCCAGCCACUGGUCUACAUCUCUCCGAGCAAUAGCCUCUUCGAUGCUGUCUACUCCCUGAUCAAGCACAAAAUCCACCGCCUACCUGUCAUUGAGCCUGUCUCGGGCAAUGUCCUGCACAUCCUGACACACAAGCGCAUCCUCAAGUUUCUCCAUAUCUUUGCUUCUACCAUCCCCAAGCCACGCUUCCUGAAGAAAACAGUGCAGGAACUAUGCAUUGGCACCUUCCGUGAUCUGGCCGUCGUGGCUGAGACUGCCCCAAUUCACACUGCCUUGGAGAUUUUUGUGGAUCGCCGUGUCUCCGCCUUGCCUGUCAUCAAUGAUGCUGGGCAAGUGGUUGGCCUGUACUCGCGGUUUGACGUCAUUCACCUGGCAGCCCAGAAGACCUACAACAACCUGGACAUCAGUGUGAGGGAGGCGCUGCGGCAACGCACUGUCUGCCUGGAGGGGGUCCUCACCUGCUACCCCCAUGAACCUAUGGAGGACAUAAUUGACCGCAUUGCCAAGGAGCAGGUCCAUCGCCUGGUUCUGGUGGAUGAGAACCAAUACCCGCGGGGCAUCGUCUCCCUCUCUGACAUCCUGCAGGCCCUUGUGCUCACUCCUGCAGGUAUUGAUGCUCUUAACUCUUAGCCCACGGUGCUCCAUCUUUCUCCACUUGCACCCUCAAUUUCUCUCCACUUCAGGUAGGCACCACCCCCUCAUUGCUGUGUGCCUGUCCCCUCCCUGCUGCUGGGUCACCUGCCUCUGCCCCAUCCAAAGUGGUCCUGGGGGAUGGAGGAAGCUGUGGCUGGGCUCUGGCAGCGCUGGGUGCCCAGGUGGGGACAGCAGGACCCAGGUGCUGCUUGUCCCAGGGGUACAGAAAGAUCACAGGGGAUCCCUGGUGACUGUGAGGAAGGAUGGGGGCACCUUCCAUGGAGAGACUCUGCCAGAGCCCCAUUCAGGCGGUGUGUGGAAUGCAGGUUUUGCAGGUCCCUGGGCUUUAGGCUGGUUGAGGGUUUUGGGGUGUGAUGCACCCCAAGACAAAAGCCUAUUUUUGAUCUUGCUUCAUUCCCCCUCCCCUCCCCCCUCCCCGAGACCUGAGCACCUCCAGUGCCAUUCCCAAGGGACACAGAGCAGACAGACCCUCAUUCACACACCCCAGACAUGCUGCCCACCGCUAGCCAUAAGCAAAAUGUGGCCAGCCCAUGGGUCCCAGCUGGCAGAGCCCCCCACCCCCUCCACUUGCAGCAGCCCCAAAACUGUCUGUUCCAGAGACAGGGCUCGCUCCCAGGUGGCAUUGGAACCACACUGCCUGGCCACCUGCAGCUAGCUCUGCUCACCCACUGCCUGGUGAAUCCUCACUGGCUAUGGAUGGGCACAGUCCUGGCACCCACUGUGGCACCUCUUUAGGGGUGAAAUGAGGAGCGGGGAGCUGGCUCCAGUUCCCAACUGCUUCCCAAAGGUAAUUAUGCUGUAUGGGGUGGUGGUGGCCAAUGGGUUGGGACAGGCCUGUACCUACCAGCAGUGCCCAGCUGCUCUGCACAGAAGGGGACUGGGAAUGGUAUGUGUUACCCAUACCUGGGAUAUCCCCCUUGCCCCCGUUCCCCCCAUCACAGUGCCUUUGCUCACCCUAUCCCUGAUGCUCACAGGGAUGGCUAUGUCAGGAGCUGCAGGGGGCCACUGAGAUGUCCCACUCCAGCCAAGCUGCCCUCCCUCCUACCCCAGGGCUUGCAUACAAGCAAGGAAUGGAGGAAAGACCUC